GUAAAGGGUAUGAAUAAAGCAGAGACAAUUUACCUUCUUUUCUGUCUCUCUUUUCUUUAUACUCUUUCCCCUUUACUCCCCUCCUCUCUUCCUUCUAUGAUCGACCUCCCACAGAGCCCAGAAAUGGAUGCUGAUAGAGUGGUGCAUACUGGAGGUUGCCUUUGUAAGAGUGUAAGGUGGAAAGUGCUUGCUCCUUCUAGCGUUGUGGCAUGGGACUGCAACUGCUCAAAUUGCUACAUGAGAGCUAAUACUAACUUUGUUGUACCUGCUGACAAUUUUGAGCUUCUGGGAGAUUCCGGGAAGUUUCUUACUACUUAUACUUUUGGCACUCACACUGCAAAGCACCCAUUCUGUAAAAUCUGUGGUAUAACCUCAUUCUUUUAUCCACGCUCAAAUCCAGAUGGGGUUUCAGUUACAUUCAGGUGUGUUGACCCUGGAACAUUGACACACAUUGAAAUCAGGAAUUUUGAUGGGAAGAAUUGGGAAAGCUCAUGUAAUCAGACAGGCAUCUCUUCGUGUUCAAAGGUGCAGAAGUAAAUCCCAUAACAUAAGGGACUAGAAGAUAGUUGAGAUCAUUAGCAGUCCUGUAUGAAGAUUUUUGGUGCCUCAACACAUUUUGUGUUGUUCAUCCAAAUACUCUUGUGUCUCGACAUGAUAAAUAUGACAAAGUACAAUAAAAAAAUGUUCACAAACAAAUAAUCUAUUUGAAUGAGGUAUUCUUGUGUUUAGAAUG